UUGACAAUCACCUGAAGCAGGGAUGCCUGCAGACUUCAAUGGCUAUUGGAAAAUGGUCAGCAAUGACAAUUUUGAGGAGUAUCUGAAAGCACUGGAUGUAAAUGUUGCUGUAAGAAAAAUAGCAAACCUGCUGAAGCCUGACAAAGAAAUCCUUCAGAACGGGGAUCAUAUGAUCAUUAAAACGCUAAGCACUUUUAGAAACUACAUCAUGGAAUUUGAUGUAGGGAAGGAGUUUGAGGAGGAUUUAUCUGGGGUGGACGAUCGCAAGUGCAUGACCACUGUGUCUUGGGAUGGAGAUAAGCUGCUUUGUGUACAGAAUGGAGAGAAGGAAGGCCGUGGUUGGACCCAGUGGAUCGAAGGAGAUGAAAUGCACCUGUCCUGUUUAGGAAAGCUGGGAGCCUGAUCUAACAUGGAAUCCUGGAACCACAGACUCACAGAAUGGCCUGGGUUGGAAGGGACCUCAAAGAUCCUGCAGUUCCAGCCUGCCAUGCACAGGGACACAGCAUGGAGAAAAGGAGCUUCAGAAACAGCCAUUGCAAAGUCUGCAGUUAGCCCAGCAGGGAUGGUAAACUUCCUGAACUCUGCUAUUUCAAUGGUGCUGCAUCUUGUGAGUGCUGUAACAGACAUAUAAUUCAAUUUUCUAAAGUUUUGGAGUUUGCUUUACUUCAGAAAGCACACAGAAGAUUUUAUCCAUGAAGACUUAAGCAUCCCCAUGUGAUAAAUAGGUGAAUAACUCUCCUUCUCCACAUCAGUUUUUGUGUUACCAUUGCAACAGCUGUUGAUACCACUCAGAAUUACAGAUGUGCAAUGAAAUUAUUUAAGUUCCCCCAUAUUUUUUUUUUAUUUGCAAUACUUAUUGGCUGAGGAAAUAUACUCUGGGAAAUAUACUUGAGUCUGAUCAGCUAGGUCUAUGCAGAAGCUGCUUUUCUGUCCUGGAAGAGUGUGUUAGCCAGCCAGCUGUGUGUCCAUAGCUGAACAGAUGUCCUGUCAGACAGACAGACCACCAGAUCAUGGGGAUCGACUUUUCUGGUACUUGGAGUGGGACAGGUCAAAACUGGUUACAAUUAAAUAAGGUUAAAAGGGUGUAGGAGAGGGAAAGUAUCAGAAACCUGUGGAUCUUGGGCUAAAAUGCUUCUCUGCUUAAGGGGAAUUGCAAAUACUUGCCUAUUUUAAACACUGUUUAUCAUUUUACACGAGGUUGAGGAUAUGCCAGUUGCCCAAUUUUAGUGCAUCAGUAAUUUUUUUUUUUUUUUUCUUGAAAGAUUAUUGGGCACAGAAACUUUUUUCCUUCGAGUUUCUAAUUAUUGAUUUCAUAAUCAUGGACACCCUCCAGGCAUCUUUUCACUCUUCAGCCCCAAGGAGAGCAACAGAACAAACAAGUAACUGCAAUAAAGUGAUGGCUCACACCACUAUCCCCAGAUAAACUUGACAGGAUUUUUUUUUAAUGUUCAGCACUGACUGAGACCUUUUUUGAAAUGUAGUUUUCCUUCAACAGAACUUGGCAGUUCAUAACCCUUAAUUCACCAGCUGUCUUCUGAUUUUUGCCUCCAGCUCUCUCCAGUCUUGUGUAACAUUCAAAACUCUUUUUGCCGAAGGUUGUAAGUGGAUCAAUUAACAUCUAGCUAAGUAAAUCCAAUUGUUAAAAGCUAUUAUUAUUGUAAUCAAACAGACAGCUUUUCCCCUUUGGGUCAUUUGGUACAAGGGCAAAUUUAGCACCGUACUAAUAACUAAUGGCCUAUCAAGCAGAAGCAAUGUAACCUGCUGCUAAUUAUGGAGGAAAGGCAAGCUCACAAAGCACUUUCACAGCUCAUGGAUGGAAAACACAGAAACUUCAGAAAUGUUUAACUUUGAAUAGAUUAGUUUCAAAUAAUUUCAAUUGCUUGUCAUUAUAAUUGUAACCUCCUAUCUCACUGCAGCAACCCUUUCCCUUGGAAAAGGAAAUUAUGUUCAUUCAUUGCUUCCAUGACGAUGGUUUCCAAUUAAUGUGUGUAAAAUUAACCAUGCUGUUUCCAUGAACAUUUAACAACUGUUCUCAUGAAAUGUAAUUUAAAACUUUCUCCAUAAAAUAGCUGCUUACUGAGUGAGCAUUCUACAAUUACUUGACAAACAUCUGCCUCCCUGCUAAUUUUUUAACUACCUAGUAACCAAGACCUUCACAGGGAAUUCAUACUCAGAUUUGCUUGCUACUCAAGAACCAAACUUAAUAUUGAUUUUCUUGACCGGCAACAAACUUUCAGCCAUAGUUUGCCAAUAUCCACUCUGUUCUACAGAACUGCAAUACCUUCAGAUAGUGGGAAUUUUAUAUUUUGUUAGGAAAGACCAGUGCCUACAGAAGUAGUGUGAAUGGAAAGUGUAAAUAGAACAGACUUUUCCCAUUGUUGAGAAAACACUUUUUGUUUACUUGAACCUGCAACCCACAGGUACAUUGUAAUGUAAUUCCUCCCAGCAAACAGCCAUUCCCUGUUUUGUCUCAGGUUCUCUUUACCCCUUUCAGUGUAUAAACUUGGCUGCUCUCAUCUCUUACAAUCUAAGCCAUGGGAACAAGUAUGGAAAUAAGAAUUGGGGUUAUAGUCUACAUUUAUACAACAGCCCAGCUGUGAAGGUUGGGGAGGAGCUCCUUACCAUGAUCUUUGUAACAGUUUUAUUGUUAAAUAAACACGGGCUGAAUGGCAAAUUUCUCACAGCCAGGAUGAGCAGCAGAUUCCCCAAGAGUCUCUCCUGGGAGCAACACUGGAGCACAGCAGAGUCCUGGUGUGCCAUGGAUGGGCUCCCCUGGGUGCAUCCACUUCCAUCAAGCUCUGCCAUUUGCUUGGCUCUACUCUCUGAAACUUGACAGCAAAAAGCAAGAGUUCACCUCUGCAACAUUAAUAAAACUUCCUAGUAUGUAUCAUUUUGUAUUCUAUUCUCUUUUGGACAGCCUCAUCUGUAUUCACAGAACAGACUCCCAGCUAUUCAUCCUUUCACCCUCUAUCAGUAGCACAUUUGUCUUGGAUUAUUACCUGGGUGGUACAGCUAUUUCUAUUUUAAGACAGGGGUUUUUUCCCCUCAAAGCAAAUGUUUAUUUAAAUAAUUUGCUCCUGUCUAGGAAAAGUGCACACAAAAGUAGAGUCCCUUCAGUAGCAUGUAUUUUAUUACCAGGACAAGCACUUUCUCUAUAUUAAUAGCUAAUUAUAAGAAUCCACACUGAACACUUAAACAAAAUGGCAUUUCAGUUCUUCACCAAACCCUUCGAUAAAACUGCAUGGCAAUUAAGUUUCUGCACCAUGGAGGAAAAUGGCAACAUUCUUAUUAAAGGAAGGGAGGAAAGAAGGAUAGAAAACAGUCUGUGGUUAUUGACUCUACACUUAUUUACAUAACAAGAGACCAUUUGUUUUGUGGUACACCACUAUCCUAGUGCUGAGCAAAUAAAAGGUCAAUAUUGUGACAAGAGCAUUCCAAAUUUAAAAGAUUUUAUUUAAAU